AUGGGAAGUUUCUCAGUACUCCCACCUGAAGCAAGAAGGCUAGAAGGAAAAGUGGCACUAAUUACUGGUGCGGCUAGCGGCAUUGGUGCGUCCAUUGCAAGACUAUUCUCAAAACAUGGAGCUAAAGUUGUAAUCGUAGACAUGCAAGAUGAAUUGGGUCCCUCUAUAUGCAAAGAACUAAAUCCUCAAUCGACAACGUUUGUCCAUUGUGAUGUCACCAAGGAAAUUGAUGUCGAAAAUGCUGUUAACCAUGCCGUUUCCAUGUAUGGUAAGCUAGACAUUAUGUACAACAAUGCUGGUAUAAUUGGGGAAGCCAAAUUCAACAUCCUUGAGAACACCCAGGCUGAUUUUGAGCAAGUGGUUAAAGUCAACCUGGUAGGUGCUUUCCUUGGCACCAAGCAUGCAGCCCGUGUGAUGAUCCCGACUCGCAAAGGCAGUAUAAUCAAUACUGCAAGCGCAUCCUCAACCACUGCAGGCAGUGCACCGCUUGCCUACACAAGCUCAAAACAUGCUAUGCAUGGAUUAACGAAAAAUACAGCAGUGGAGCUUGGACAUUUUGGCAUUCGUGUGAAUUGUGUGUCACCCUAUAUAGUUGCUACACCUUUGGCAAUGAAAUUUUUUAAGAUGGAUGCUGAUGAAGCUUCCUAUGUUUAUUCAAACCUCAAGGGUGAGGUUCUCAAGCCAGAGGAUGUUGCUGAGACUGCUCUCUUUCUUGCAAGUGAUGAUUCAAAAUAUGUGAGUGGACAUAAUCUUCUCAUAGACGAAGGCUUCAGUAUUCACAAUGCGGGCUUUUGUUUUCCACAAUAA